UGGGGGUGUACUUACCCUGCUGCACGGUGAAGCCAUGAAGUGCUACAAGGAGAGUCCGGAGAGGGCCUUGCUUGUACACCUGGCAGAGCGAGCGUGCGUACCUUAUCUCGACACGCUGGGACGAUGGCUGUAUGAAGGGGUUAUAGUCGAUCCCUUCAGGGAGUUUCUGGUUCAAGAGUCUCCGCCAAUAAAAAAUAGGCAUGCACUAAGUGAGGAAGAGUACUGGGAACGCAAGUACAAGUUAGACGAAGCCAUGUGUCCUGAUUUCCUGUUCCCGUAUAUGGAGAAGAUCAUUAAGGCGGGCAAGUAUCUCAAUGUUGCCACAGCUUCGGGUGCCGCUGCGAAGUGUCCCUUUGCUGCGCAGAUCUCAUACACAACGGACACCCACGCAUACGCCCGAGACAUUGAAAAAGCCUACGACUUCGCAAGCGAGCAAUUACUGCGGCUACUACGGGACGAUCUGCACAUUAUGACUCAUAUGCGAUCCAUAAAGCUAUUCUUCCUCAUGGAACGCGGAGAUAUGUACGAGCAACUGAUGCUGACGGGUCGUUUAGAACUGCAACAGCCACGUGCGGAGAUACAAGAAUCCGUACUAGAUGCACUGCUCAGAAACUCAAUCGCCUCAAGUACAGCCGCAACGGAUCCAAACGGACGUAUGUGA